AUGACAGUGGAGAAGCAUAACCCUAAUCAUGAUGAUGAGUGUCUUAGAUCUAAAUCCUGGUCCGAUCUCCCUCAAGUUCUCUUGAUAUCGGUGUUCGAACGCUUAAGCUUUACUAAUUACCAACGAGCUAAAUCCGUGUGUUGGUCUUGGUACUCAGCUUCGACACAAUCCGUGCCCAAAAAUCAGAUCCCGUGGCUGGUUCUCUUUCCCGAAGACGACGACAAGAACGAUAACUUUUCAUGCACCGUAUUCAACCCCGAAGAAAAACACAAACUCUACAAAACGCAAGAUCUUGGUAUGGAAUUCGCAAAGAGUGUUUGUAUGGCAACCUAUGGAAGCUGGCUACUAAUGCGAGAUCCUCGACGAGAUCCUCUGUAUAAUUUCCACAUUGUGAAUCUCUUUACCCACGAAAGGAUCGAUCUACCUUGUGUAGAGUUAUUGUGGAAAGACUAUGAAUUAAGCAUUGCAAGUGACAAAAGAAUGAGGUACAGAGGUAUUAGCUUACGAUCACCUGUGUUUUGGGUUGACGAGAAAACCAAAGAUUAUCUAGUUGCUUGGGGACUUAGAGAUUGGUGUGUAGUUUACGCCAAGAAAGGAGAUACCUCGUGGAACCAAAUCCCACAAACUCCGGAUUGUUACCACAUGGUUUACAAGGAUCACAAUCUUUACUUCUUGAGCUAUUUUUAUGGUGUUUUCAAAAUAUUUGAUUUCUCUGGAGAGAUUGUAAAACAAACAUUCCAAUCUUGUUUUCCUGUGGAGACAUUUCAGUUUGGUAGACAAAUCCGUCUACCAAGUAAUUCAUGGAGCGUUUGUGCCACACAACUUGUAGUCACCGUAGCAGGUAAUGUACUCAAGGUUGAAAAAUGCUGGAGAGCUAGGGAUAGAUCGUGGUCCUUCCGGCUUUACAAGGUUUAUUCAUCAGGAGGAUUCAUCAAGAAACGAGAACGGAUUCAUUCCUUGGACGACGACGAGUUUAUGCUUUUCGAUCAAGGCAUCACUGUGCUCGCCAAUAACACUCAUGAUGGAGGAUUCAUUAGAAGAAAUUGCAUCUAUUUCAAUGCUGCUUGUCAUGGAAAGAAGAAUACUAAUGAUACCUGCUUUAUCUUCAAUCUCGAGACACAGGAGACAAAGGAGCUACACACAUUAUUUGAUACUUCUCCAAUUCAAUUCUCUAGAGCUCAAUGGUUCUUACCAAGUUUCACAAAACGUACAUGA